AGGACGUUAAUGAAAUGGCGGAGUUGGAGAGGGAUAACCCUCUGGGCCUAUUUGAUUUCAAUGGUUCCAACGUGAGUGGCACCGGGUCUCCGGCAGCAGUUUUCAGCGGACGGCAAGACCACAGCAGCGUUGUCCUUCCUGUCAUCUUUGGGAUCAUAUGCUUGGUAGGAAUAAUUGGAAACUGUAUUGUAAUCUACACCAUAAACAAAAAGCCGAAGGGCAACCACAACAUUGCCGAUAUCUUCAUAGUGAGUCUCUCUGUGACCGAUCUGCUCUUCCUGCUCGGAAUGCCCUUUUUAAUUCACCAGUUACUAGGGAAUGGCGUAUGGCAUUUCGGUGCCACCAUGUGCACUAUUAUCACAGCGUUGGAUGCCAAUAGCCAGUUUGCCAGUACCUACAUCCUCACCGCCAUGUCUGUUGACCGUUACCUUGCCACAGUCCACCCGAUCCGCUCUUCCUAUAUGAGGACCACCUGUGCGGCAGCUCUGGUGAUACUGUUGUUGUGUCUGUGCUCCCUUAUUACAAUAAUUCCUGUCUUCAUGUACACACAGCUGAUCGAGCAUCCCGAUGGCAAUGCUGGUUGUGGAAUCAUCCUACCUAAUUUCUCCAUCGAUAUAUACUGGUACACUCUCUACCAGUUUUUCUUGGCCUUUGUCAUACCACUUCUUAUAAUCUGUGUUGUUUAUAUCAAGAUCCAGAAGCAUAUUUCCUGCGUGGUGGUCCCACUGCCACAGAGGAACUUUAGAGCCAGGUCCAAGAAGAUCACUAGAACAUCUGUAACCAUUUGCUCUGCCUUCUUCAUUUGUUGGGCGCCAUAUUAUAUAUUACAGCUGGUCCACCUCAAAGUGACGAACCCUACGGUGGUAUUCUUCUACGCUUACAAAGUGGCCAUCAGCCUUGGCUACGCCAAUAGUUGCAUCAACCCUUUUAUAUACAUUGUGCUAAGUGACACCUUUAAAAGGCACCUAAUAAAGGCAGUUUGCCCAGCACAGAAGGUGCGGAGAAGUGAGAGACACGCUGCCAGUGAUGUCAGCCCAUCCGUCAGAAUCUGCUCAGGGCCAACCCAAGAGACUUCCUUAAGUAUGAUGUAUUCACACAACAUUGACAAUUAUAUUUCUUUAUCUGUAUCUGUUCCAUGAAGAAAACAAACUGGGAAAACAGUAAUGCUGUAAUAGCAACCUUCUCACAGGAAGACAGUGUCCUCCAAUCAGCAGGCUCUCAGUAACAUAGCAACAGCUGAAGGGUGGAUAACAGUGUCCUCCAAUCAGUUGGCUCUCAGUAACAUAGCAACAGCUGAAGGGUGGAUGACAGUGUCCUCCAAUCAGUUGGCUCUCAGUAACAUUGUAACAGCUGGUGGGCAGAGAGAAUUAAAAAUGGUUGGGAAAGGUAUGUCUUACAUAAUAUUGGCCGUAUUAAUAAAGAGCUGGCAAGGAGGUGGAGUAUUAUAAACUGAUGGGCAAUUACUAACAUAUUAUAGGUUCGGAAUCCAUAGUUUAUAUGUUAAAUGUUUUGGGGGGAGGGGGGUUGCUUCUUUCAGCUACAUGAUGCACAGGCAUUUCCAGGCAACAGUAGGUUUGCCACCCUUGUUGGCAGCAAGAACCAGGAAAAGGGGUGGGUCUAUGAUGUUUGGAGGCGGGUUGGUGAUGUUUGAGGACAGACUAGUGAUGAUAACAGGGGGCUGUGAGAUCAUGGGAUGGAGAAUAGGCUUAUUUGUUACCUCUGUUACCCUAGUCGAUAUGGAGUAGACAGCUGGUACAUUGCUGAACCCACCACCAGUAGAAGACUUAAAGCAGUUUAUCACUUCUAAAAAGUUCCAUUUUAUUUACAUUUCUUUAAAUAACCAUAAAGAUAGCAUGACAGGCUUUGUGCCUCCUAUAGGAACUAAAUCAUAGGCUGUGACAUGCCCGUAGGAGACAAGAAAUGCGCCAGGCUACCUUUAUGGUUGUUUAAAGAGGACCUGUCACUCAGACAUAAAGAGCUGAAUAAUAAAAGUCCUUUUCAAGUUAAACA